UUAAUUAUUCAAAAUAAACUCAAGUAGCACAACUUCAUACGACUCUGGACAAUAAAUACAAGAAAAAGAUUCAAUCAGGAAACAACUCUAUCAAUUAAAAAAUGUCGAUGAAUAUAGUGAAAUAAAAAAUAAAAUAUUUCCCUGUGAGACGUGGAGUGGAAGUAUAAAUAUUAAUAUAAACUCAACAGAAGUACAACUACCAUGAGUACUCUAUUGUCUCACUUAAAAGACGUGUGUCGGAGGUCGUAGAGGAGGAAGAACAAACAUCGUCAUCACUUCCCCCGGACACGGAGAGGACCGAUUACCUGGCAGCGACUCACACUAUUGAAACACACACACACACACACACACACAUGACCAGCAAGAAUAAAGUGUGUGAAUUCCCCUCUAAUGGACUUCAGGCCAGAACAAACAACCCGAAAUCUCUGUGAUGACAUCAUCGAUGAGAACGUUUCCUCAUUGGAGCAACGAGACCGCUAACAUCGUUUAAUACGUCUAGAAACUCAACACCUUAAAAUAACACCGAAAAUAUACAUUUAUUUUGAUUUUGAGCUCUUAAAGCUGCAUUCUCUCUCCUGACCACCAGGGGGCGACUCCUCUGGUUGUAUAGAAGUCUCUUCUUCAUGUGUUGAACCUGCAUUCUCUCUCCUGACCACCAGGGGGCGACUCAUCUGGUUGUAUAGAAGUCUCUUCUUCAUGUGUUGAACCUGCAUUCUCUCUCCUGACCACCAGGGGGCGACUCCUCUGGUUGUAUAGAAGUCUCUGCUUCAUGUGUUAAAGCUGCAUUCUCUCUCCUGACCACCACUUCUGUAAAAAAUAACUAUAUAUCUUUAAUAAUAAUAUGUAAAAUAAAUAAAUUGCAUAUACGGAAUAGUACUUUAUUAUAAAUAUAUCUAUAUAUAUAAAUAUAUAUCUCUAAAUAUAUAUAUCUCAAUGUCUUUUGCUGGAAUUAAGGCAAUAGAUCCCGUUAUUUGUUUAUUUAAUCCUGCUUUUGAACAACAACAUGACGUGUUGGUACUGAUUGGACCUCCAGCUGCUCGGCUCCCGGCCGCUCACCGUCUCCGUGGUUACUUCUGCUCAUUGAUAACUGGGUGCUCCACUUCCCUUUUCUUCUUACACCUCCGAACUGUUUGCGACAUCUCAUGCCUGAUGUGUGACGAGGACAUCUGAAACCUCAUUCGAUGACUUUGUGGAACCGACCUUCUGAAGAUCUGCGCUACAGAAGCAGCAGUCAGAUCGGAAACGAGUAAAUAUGAGCGAUUAAAGAAUAUAGUUUUAAUCUGCAUGUGAAUAUGGGAACCCUCUGUGUCCUUAGAGGGGUCUUUAUGUCUUCAUCUCUCCGACUCAGAAACUCGAUCCGUUGACUUCACACCCGGCAAACAAAAGCUUCAAGGAAAAGAUCCGCCUGGCAGGAAGUUACAGCGGUGGGCGGAGGAUGAUGUGUAUAAAGAGACGGAGCAGAGAGACGUCUUCACACCAGCAUCCACUGACAGACGCUCCUGAAACUCUUCCUCCUGAACCAUGAAGCUCGUCUCCGCCGCUCUCUCCGCCGCCGUCCGCCCGACCGCCGCCAUGCUGGUCGUGCUGCCGCUGCUCCUGAUUGGCUGGGCGGCGGCGCUGCCCGUGGACCGGCCGCUCAGCAAGCCUCUGAGGAGCCACAAGACGUACCAGGCGGUCCAGGAAGUGUCCCGACACGCUCAGGGCAUCCAGACGGAGGACGACUCCAGCAUCCGGCUGCUGUCCAGAGUCAACCCCGACCAGGACCACCUGAAGAUCUGCUGCCUGCACGCCAACAUCCUGGACUUCUACCUGAACAACAUCCUGCACCAGCGCGACAACACGCACCCCAACAUGCACCGGCUGAAGACCGACCUCACCCGCGUUAGCGAGGACCUGCAGACUCAAGGAUGUAACGUGACUCACUAUCACGAUCACCAGCACGCGGUGGCGUUUCGCAAGAAGCUAACGGAGAUGGGUGGCGAGCGCGGGAUGAACAAAGCGGUCGGCGAGAUCGACAUCCUGUUCACGUACCUGCAGGACUUCUGCAUCCAGCCCCGAAACGACACCGCCAACGCCAACUAACGUCUUAUUUAUCAUAUUUAUCCCUUUUAUACCAGCAGCUUUUAUACUUCUAUUUAUUCAGGAUCUAUUUCAUUUCACAACACAUCCGAGAGUUUUGAUACAGUAUUUAUAUUGACGAUUAUUUAUUUAUUUAUUGAUCAGAGAGUUUUUUUGACCUGAAAGGACGCUGGCGUCGACCUCGUUGCCAUAUUAUGGCUCAUUAUUAUUAUUAUUAUUAUUAUUAUUAGGAGUUACAGUAUUGAAACGUUGCACUCAAUAAACUGUGUUUACUUGAAAAACAAAUAAAGUUUGCUUUGGAAUAUGAA